AUUUUUUUUGUCCUCUGCUUCUCAUUUAUCAACCUUUGGCCCAUUUUGCGCCAGGACUUUCUUGGGGUUCCCUCUUUUCAUCCUUUUUUUAUAUAUUUUUUUCUUUUCCUUUGUUCUUCCUUUUGUGAUCUUUCAUCCGCUUGAUCAAGUGUUAUUGAGCUUUUUUGCUCUUUGUUUUAAAUCCAUUUUUGGUGAUCGUUCUUGUUAACUAUGGGUCUCUUACGUUUUUCCAAAAAGAAAAAGGAAGAACCCCAUUGUUCUCCUCCUUCUGCUCCGCCGCCAUUACCUUGGCCAUCGGAUCCCGUGCUUCAGUUGGCAUUGAAUAAUAUGUCCGAUACCAACCAGACCUCAACCGACGCACCUGUCAAAUCGCCUAUCGCCGAUACUUUUAUGAGGUCGAGAUUCGACGAUCCUGCACCUUCAUCUGACGCAACUUUCCAAACCAGUCUUUUGGAUGACAUCUUUAAAGAACUCCAACCUUCUACUCCGUCGCCGCCGCCCACUACUACUUACAGGCAUUCUACUUUAAUGCCUGAAUCGCGGUCGAUGAUUCAGAUCACCACACCUUUGACAGCGGUCAAAAACCCAGAGACAGUUGACACCAGGUUCAACAGGUAUUCAUCACCAAACAUGAUCCUUUCACCAUCGACCCCUGCUGUUUCCCCUUCGCGGUUACCCCCUACCACGUUGCCAACGUCUUUGACGACAGGAGCCGUGAAACCAUCCGUGACACCUACUACUGCCGCGGUCCAGACGCCUAAAUCGACCAAACAAUCCAAACGCGGGUCCACCUUGGAUUCCGAUGAUUCCGAUUCGGAUGGAUCCACGUCUUCCAACCAUCGACGUAUGCCACGGUCCGCUUCGCGCCUGUCCAUUCCCAAGAAACCGCAUUCGACGGUGGCUUCGGAAUCGGGCAAAGUAACGGGAAAGAUCACCGCAGGCAAAUCGAAUGUUCCUGUGGCGUCCUCCAAAGUGUUAAUGAAUCGGAUGAGAGAAAGGCAUCGCCAGGAAUGUCGAUUAUCAGCACAACCGGCUCCUACUGCUUUUUCACGUCAACGUAGCUCACCGUCCAUGCCCACCAUUUAUGCUCCUGAACCGUCUCCCCCUGCAGCGCCGCCCUCAUUGGUCCAAUCCAGAUCCUUCACCAUCGCCGCUUUCCCUGCUCGGCGUUUGGUUCGUUCCUCCUCCGCGGCCACGGAUCUUUUCCUCCAACCCAUCCCCCAAUCUCAUAAUAAUCCGAUGCAAAUGCAGAUGCCUCCAGAUAUGGGGAUGCCGCCUCGACCGCCAUCUCACUUUCAGGCACGAUCGAUGAAUAACCGGGCAAUGCCGAUUCCCAAUCCGAAUUAUCGCAUCGUACGAGAUACCACGCCGCAACGAUUUUCCAUGGACGAAGCCAAACUUCAACAUUUGGCGAAAUCCAAAUCGGCGUAUCCCAUGUUCCCCUACGCCGAAAUGCCCAGUAAAAGUCCCAUCAUAGUCUCGGCCCCGGCCCCCGCUCCUCCUGCAGCGAUGCCCAUAUCGAUGCCGCCACCCAACCAUGCCCUGCCACCCACUCCAGCUUCGCCUGGUACAAUGCCUUACGCAGCCGAUCAAACGAUGAGAAUGCAAGCGAUGGAUAUGCCAUUACCGACCAAAACGCGACCUGUUUCAUUACCCGCAGGAAAGGAAGCGGCUCGAUUCACGAUCGAGUCUUCCGAGGAAGAGAUGGAUCAGCCCGACAUGGUCGCUCCACCUUUGCAAAAGUCAAAACAGGCACUGAUCAACGAACAACAACGGAUCCUGAGCCACCGCCAUGCUCACCAGUCCAUGCCACCGACACCUCCUCCCGAAAUCAGCAAAGGGACGCCUUCUGGCCCAGUUCAGGAAUCAUCCGAUGCAGCCUGUACACCGUCGUCGCCUGUUUCGCCUACAUCCGAAGCAUCGUUGGAAACCAAGAUUGCCGGCGAAACCGAACCGACCACAGAAACGAGUGGAUCCGUCCACGUGCCUCUGACCCGUCUUCCCAGUCGAUUGCAGCGUGAAUUACGAUUUAUGCGGUUGAGACGAUCACAGUAUUCGGUGCCGAAUUUAGCUCAAUGGGCUGCCAAUAAUCCAUCCGCUUUACCGCCGUUGGAAGACCCGCCUUUGGAACCGACCCUAGCCGGUCCUUCACGUCAUGCUGGUCGCGACAAGGACAUGUCAGCGUAUAUGGCUCCUCACGACAUGAUCAUGGUCAAUCAUGCCUGUGUGGCAUCAUGUCGCCACCCUGAUCCGGCUUUGGCCCACACGAUGGCCAUGUGCCACGCUUCGUAUUUCCCGCCGAAUCAUGAAUUGCUGGCACCAUGCAGCCAUGGCGUGGCAACGAGUUGUUGCUCUUCGGUCAAUUAUCACGGUUGCAGUUGCGGCCAUGGCGGACGAAUGCGUUGUACAAAUUCCGCGACACGUAGAGCGGGACAUAAACAUAGCAAGAAGUGUAUUCAUAAAUCGACCUCGACCCUAGCCACGCCGGAGCUCAAAGACAUGGACAAGACCAGUGCCCAUACCCACCGAGGCUGCUGUAAAAAGCAUUGCCGGCCCGGCUCCAGUUCACCGCACCACAGACAAUGCCACAGUCAUCAUCAUCAUCAUCAUAACCACUGCCACAACCGUUCCCAGUGUUCGUCAUGCUCCCGACAUCGUCACCACCCGCCGCCGCCACCUUCCGUCGCUCCCUUUCCUCCGCAGGAACCAUCACUCCAGUUGGAUUCCAAAAUAGAAACUGAAACGGCCUAAUAUCUAUUGACCUUGAUGCGCUGUCAUUGAAGCAGUGUUCUUUCUUUCUUUCUAAUGAUAAUAUAAUAUACC